UACUCGAUCAGCAGAAUUUUCUCUAUUGUAUUUGUUAAUAUAUAUUUUUUCAAAAUGUAACAAAUAAGUCGUUUUUCUUGAUGGACAAGGAAUCCGGUCAAGGUUUUCGCCAUUCAUAGUUGACGACUCCAGUCCGUCGGCGGCCCUCUCAUCUAACUUAACCCCCACCACAAAUUCCUCCAAUCACUCGCUCAAUUUCAAUUUCAAUUUCGAGUUUCACAGCAAACACUAUGGCGGGGGAAAUGGACUCACCGGCGGCGACACCAAGGACGAAGAAGUCGUUAUGGCCUUCUGUUCUUCGUUGGAUACCAAGCUCUACCGAUCACAUAAUUGCCGCUGAAAAGCGCCUGCUGUCUAUUGUCAAGACUUCAUACACCCAAGAAAAUGUCAAUAUUGGCACUGGUCCACCAGGGUCAAAGAUCAGAUGGUUUCGUUCUUCCAGCAAUGAACCAAGAUUUAUCAACACUAUUACCUUUGACAGCAAGGAGGAUUCACCAACUCUUGUUAUGGUUCAUGGAUAUGCAGCUGCUCAGGGCUUUUUCUUCAGAAAUUUUGAUGCUCUCACAAAACAUUUCAGGGUGAUUGCACUGGAUCAACUUGGCUGGGGAGGAUCAAGCAGACCUGACUUCACUUGCAAAAGUACCCAAGAAACUGAGGAUUGGUUCAUUGAUUCCCUUGAGGAAUGGAGAAAAGCCAAAAAGCUUGAUAAGUUUAUUUUACUUGGGCAUUCUUUUGGAGGAUAUGUUGUAUCUAAAUACGCCUUGAAGCAUCCUGAGCAUGUACAACAUCUGGUUUUGGUGGGCCCUGCUGGAUUUACCUCAGAAGUUGACCAUAAAUCUGAAUGGCUUACAAAAUUCAGAGCAACGUGGAAAGGAGCUGUUAUGAGCCAUUUAUGGGAAUCUAAUUUUACUCCAAUGAAACUUCUCAGAGGUUUAGGCCCGUGGGGCCCAGAUUUGGUCCGUAGGUAUACAAGUGCAAGAUUUGGUGAAUAUGCAAGUGGAGAUGUGUUGACUGAUAAAGAAUCCAUAUUAUUUACAGAUUACAUAUACCAUACUUUGGCUGCAAAAGGAAGUGGAGAACUUUGUUUAAAAUACAUCUUUUCAUUUGGGGCAUAUGCUCGAAGUCCUCUGUUAGAAAGAGCUGCGGAAUGGAAAGUGCCAACAACUUUCAUAUAUGGAUUUGAAGACUGGAUGAAUUACCAAGGGGCAAUAGAUGCACGCAAGAACAUGUCUGUCCCCUGUGAUAUUAUUCGGGUCCCAAAGGCUGGUCAUUUUGUGUUUUUGGACAAUGCAAAUGGAUUCCACUCAGCUGUGUUACAUGCUUGCAGAAGGUUUCUCACUUCAGAUCCUAAUGCUUAUCCUUUAGCUGAAGGUGUUAUCUCCAUCUAGUAAAAUUUUAUAUUUAAUUUUCUUCUCAAACUUGUCUUAUUAUUAUUAUUUUUAUAAUUAUUAUAAGUUUAGGUAAUGCUUUGUUUUCUUAUAUAAAAUUGAAACAAAGAUGGAGAUUUUUUUGUAGCCUUGGAAUAUUUUCACUGUAUAUAAACCCUUUUACCUGAUUGGGUAAAAUUGAAUGCAUUUGUAUAUAUUCUGACUUAACUCACAUGAAUAUAGACUGGUUGAAUCGUUUUGAAUUCCA